AUGGAUCAUAGUUGGAUGUAUGGGAAAUGCAAUACACAUGAAUACAUGCUAGGGGUUGAAAAUUUUAUAAAAUAUGCUGAAGAAAAUAAAAGCAAAAAUGGUGAAGAAUUUCUUGUUUGCCCAUGUUAUGAUUGUAAGAAUCUUAGGAAAUUUCGUAGUUCUGAGCAAGUGAGGAAUCAUUUAAUAUGUCGUGGCUUUAAGGAAGAUUACAACAGGUGGAUACGGCAUGGUGAAAGUGUAAUUCCUAGUAAUAGAAUAGACAAUGAUCAAGAGAACGAUGAUGAUAAUGAUGAAAAGAAUGUAGACAAUGAGGAAAAUGAAGAGAAUGAUCGAAUAGAUGAACUCAUGCGUGAUAUUCAAGGAGAUGAUAGUGAAAUGCCUCCUAUAUUUGAAAGUUUUUCUAUUGAUUCAGAAAAAUCUUUGUACCCUGGGUGUAGUAAAUUUACAAAGCUAUUUGCUGUGCUAAAAUUAUAUAACUUAAAAGCAAUGAAUCGGUGGAGUGAUAAGAACUUUACACAAUUAUUAGACCUUUUAAAAGACAUGUUUCCUAAUGAUAAUGAGCUUCCUAUUUCAACUUAUGAGUGUGGAGCAUCACGUUAUAAGAGAAAAAAUGUUGCUUAUCGGUGUGAGGAUAAUAAAAGCCCUCCAGCGAAGGUGUUAUGGUAUUUACCUGUGAUACCAAGAUUCAAACGCUUAUUUGCAAAUAAAAAUGAUGCAAAGAAUUUGCAGUGGCAUGCUAAAGGGAGGAAGGAAGAUGGAAAAUUAAGACACCCAGCCGAUUCUCCUCAGUGGAGGUACAUUAAUAGAAUGUUUCCUGAAUUUGGCAAUGAAAAUAGGAAUCUUAGGCUUGGGUUAUGCACUGAUGGAAUGAACCCCCAUGGAAACAUGAGUAGUCAACAUAGUACUUGGCCGGUUCUUUUGGUAGCUUACAAUCUUCCUCGGUUGUGUAUGAAACACAACUACAUCAUGUUGUCAUUGCUUAUUUCAGGGCCUAAACAACCAGGGAAUGACAUAGACGUGUACUUAUCACCACUUGUGGAAGAUUUGAAAAUGUUGUGGGAAGAAAGCGUAAUGGUAUUUGAUGCAUAUAGUCAAACCAACUUCACUUUGCGAGCCAUGUUAUUUUGUACAAUAAAUGAUUUUCCAGAAUAUGCCCUAUUUGUGAAGAUGAAACAAGUGAUCUUUGGUUGA